UAGCCGCAGCGCGACUUAAAUGCACUGCAGCAUCCAGCAGGUUCUGUCUCUCUGCAUCCUGUUCUCUUGCGCCUGCUCCCCGCUCUCUCUCACUCUCUCUCUCAUUUCACUGCUCUCCGUCCAGAGUGUCCGUGCAUCCGUCUGUCCCGGAACAAAAUCUCUCUGUAUUCCUCUCUCCUGUCAUCUGAAACUUUCAGCAUAUAGACAGACACCCUCAGCUCUUGCAAAUUCUGCCAGGCCCAGACCGUCUGCAGAGCACCGUCGUCAAACUCAACGUCCAGGAUGGAUGUUCUAAUGAAAGGAUUCUCCAUGGCCAAAGAAGGAGUGGUGGCCGCCGCUGAGAAAACUAAAGCUGGAGUUGAAGAGGCAGCUCUCAGGACCAAAGAAGGGGUCAUGUAUGUGGGUAACAAGACAAAGGAGGGAGUGGUGUCAGGCGUAAACACAGUUGCCCAGAGGACCACCGACCAGGCGAAUAUUGUCGGUGAAACAGCGGUAGGCAGCGCUAGUGAAGUCGGACAGAAGUCAGUAGAGGGGCUGGAGAAUGUGGCUGCAUCAACCGGCCUCAACCCGGAUGAGGCUUUAUAUGAGGGUGACUUCUCUCAUGGUGGCAUGGAAGGAGGAGACGGUGGAGAGGGUUAUUAGUCCAGAGGCCUGAACCUGAAACGGUCCCCUCUCUUCCCUCUGACUCUCCACCUCUGAGUUUCUGCUCCAAAGCCUCACCCCUUCCAGACUCCAGAUGUUACUGAUAUUUUUUUGUGACUGUACGGAAAACCAGAGUUGAAAAAGACUUUCCCUGAGCCCUGUAGCCGUUAGAUGUGUGACGCUUCCCCUCCUCUCCAUCUGUGGUGUCGUCAUGCUGUUCUCUAGUGUUACUGUCAUUCCUCUUCCCAUCCGCACCUCAUCUAAAACACACACACUCAUACAUACACACACACAAAAUGAAGCCCAGAGGCUGAUAUCAGAGGUCGAGGUGGUCUUUUAGGAGCAUGGCUGGAAAAAAAGAAACCCGCAUGACCAGUAAUGUAAGAAAAGCAAUACAUCUCAUUUCAUCAGGGCAUGUAAGCAAAGUGCGUCAGGAUCUUUGUGAGAACAUAGCCAUGUUUCAGUUUAUUUAGUCUUGAAAAUGCUGCAAUGUACGCAAUGACAAGUUGUAUGUACAUUAAGAGAUACAUUACAUUCCUUUAGUUCAGUAUGUGUGCAGAAUAGAGUUACUGUGUGCUUGACCAAUAGACUUAUCGUGUGAUUUGUUAGAGUAAGAACAAAUGUUUAUUCACAAAAUGUGAACACAUACUGUAUACAUAGAUACUGUAAAACUAAAAACGAUUAUCCGUGUUGAUGUAGCUGUGCUAGACUUGCAUUUUUUCAUUAGCUUAUACACAUGAGAUUUGGUUCCAGUUGGGACAAGGAGUCUUUUGCUGUUAUAGGAAGCGAUCAAAUCUUCAGACACAUCUUGUUUCGUCCUGGUUUUGUUGCGAUGCAUGUGAAGUCGGUGUGCGAUCAUGCAGUGUAAAAGCAAUACUACAGCACCAUUGCAGAGUUUGUCAUUGGUCUGUUCUGUAGCACUGUGCUAUGCUGAGUCUAGGCACUGUGUUUUACCAAGGGAAUGCUAAGAAGUGUAGAUCUGACUGUCUUCAUUUUCAUUUAGCCUUGCCAUCAUGGCCACCCAAACCCCAUCCCUGUCCUGUCACUCAACAGUGUGUUCAGAUCCACCCCAGGUUUGUGUCUGCUGUAGGUAACUAGGACAAAGCUAUCAAACAUUGCAGUUUGUUCUUUCUUUGAAGCCACAAAAAAACUGAAGACUGCAUGUUGCCUUAUCAGCACUCCUGUAUUCACUUACACACAUAUAUAGACACAAACAUACACACAAAGCUGAUCAAAACACAAAAACACACUCCUCUCAAGCGUCUUUUUUCCUUUGAGCUUUUCUCUCUUUGCUCUCUCUGAAACACACACACACAAACACACACAAACAAAUGUCCCACAUACCUUUUAUGUUGGCAUCAAAGCAGGCAAGCUGAUUUUAUAAACUGUAUAAGUGAAUUAAAGAGUUUUGUUGAAAUCUA